AGUGAAUUGGUUUACUCAUACAAGGGUGAUUUAGUGACACAAGUGUGAUUUAAAGACUGCACAUAUUAACAAAGUGGUAAAGUGGAAGACCGAUACUGGCAUAAUGAUAGGCUUAUUCAACAGGAAGCAACCCAUUAAAGUCAAACAUGAUGAACUUGAGAUACGUCCGUUUGAACCAAAGAAGGACAAUUGGGUAGAAGUGAGAAAUAUGGCUUUUGCUUCGUACAAAGAGCUUAUUACAGAAGUUAUAAAUGACUUCAUGUUUCAUCCAAUACUUAGCAGUAUACUAGCCAUAUUAGCUGGGGUGUUAUACCAAAUGAAAGGCUCCUUGUGGAACCCCUUCAUUUUCCUGGUGGUGUUAUAUCCUACAUUGUAUUUCUUCUUAGUCUGGAAGAUUCCCAUUCUGGAGAUGUCUAAGCAGGUAGAUUAUGACAAAUUUGUAGAAUAUUGGAUUCAACCAAACCAUCCUUUAUGGCUGUUAUUCCACAAAGGGAAACUGAUUGGCAGUGCUGGUUUGAAGGAACUUGAUGUUAACACAAGAGGUGAACUCGUGCGUGUAUAUAUAGCACCAGAAUAUAGGCACAAUGGACUUGGUGAGAUUCUGGUUUACACUGUUAUAGAUUAUUGCGAAAAGCACAAAUAUGACGAAUUGACACUUGCAACGAGCGUACUUCAAACUGCUGCAAUGAAGCUUUAUGAAAAGAUUGGAUUCAAACAAUAUAAACCAUAUACUGCAUAUUACCUCAAACCUAUAUUGAGUGUUGAAGAAAAUAUGUACAACAUGACAUUUCCAAGGAAAUAAAUAAUUAAAACUACAUUGAACUUUUAGCAUGAGAAUUGUCACUUUAUUCAAUUCAAUGACUGUGAAGUUUCCAGCAAUCUAAACUGCAAACUCCCUUAAAAGUCUUUCUUGUUACAAUAUUUAAAAUUAACCCAUUGUGCCCCUG